UCUCUGCCCUUCUAUCACCCCAACUCAGCCGACAGCCCAACACCAUCCUUGCGACAGCUCCUCCCUGCCUCCCUGCCGAGUUCCGACCGGCGACCACAAAUCUGCUACCGACGACACCGGAAGACUCCGCGUCUCCUCUCCGGUCUCCGCCCCCGCCUCUGCCGACGAUGAAGUUGCUGCCUACGGCCCCUGCCGAGUGCCCAGGACGAAGUUGCCGACUCUGAACUUAGCCGCCCCUGUGAAGUGUGAACUAAGUUAUGUCUACAGAGAAUUCAUCUAUCCAGCAAAAUUCAUACACUUCAAGUAGUGAUGGAGUUUCAUCUUCCAAUCCUACAUUACAUCCUGAAAAGUUUGACAUGGAACUUAUGAGGGAGUCUAUUGCUCAUUGGGUCAUGAUACAUGAACAUCCAUUUACCAUUUUGGAGGAAGUAGGAUUUGACCUCAUGAUGAAACGAGUAAUGCCCGAGUGGAAAGAAAUUAGUAGAAACACAAUUGAAUCAGAUUGUUUGAAAGUUUAUGAGACUGAAAAGAAGAAGUUGAAGAACAAUCUUGAAUGUGUUAGUAAAGUAAGUUUGACAAUAGAUUGUUGGAAAUCAAAAAAUCAAAAGAUUGAGUAUAUGGUUGUUAUUGGGCACUGGAUUGAUUCUUCUUGGAGAUUACAGAAGAGAGUUUUAAGUUUCAUUAACAUUCCACCACCGAUGAGAGGUUUUCUGAUUUCUAAUGCUAUAUUUAGAUGCAUGAAAGAGUGGGGCAUUGAAAAGAAAGUUUUUUCAAUUACAGUUGAUAAUGCUUCAAGUAAUGAUUCUACUAUUCGAUACAUGAAGGAUACACUCCAAAGAUUAAGAAGGUUUGGUAUGUGGGGGACAUUUAUUUCAUGUUCGUUGUUAUGCACACAUUUUGAACUUGUGUGUUCAAGAUGGAUUAGAUGAGAUUCAACACGUCAUUCAAGAUGUUAGAGAUAGUGUAGAAUAUGUGAAUCGGUCGGAGGCAAGACGUAUACAAUUUGCAAACUGUGUGCAAAAAUUGCAAUUGAAAGAUAUGAAAUUGAUCCGUGAUUGUAAAACUAGAUGAAACUCGACUUUUGAGAUGUUAAGUUGUGCACUCAAGUUCAAAGAAGCUUUUAAGAUGUUAAAAGAUCGUGAUUCAUUCUUUGACAAUUGUCCAUUAGAAGAUAAUUGGGAUAAGGUUGCCAAAGUUUGCUCAAUUUUAGAGAUUUUCUGGACAGCUACUCACAUUAUUUCAGGUUGUGAGUACCCUACUUCAAAUUUGUUUCUUCAAGAAGUUUACAAAAUCAAAUCAGUAUUGGAUAGUCAUGUAGAUGAUGAAGAUUCCUUUAUAAGGGAUUUGGUUAGAAGAAUGAAGAUGAAAUUUGAUAAAUAUUGGGAUGAGUGUAAUUUGUUGACAACUAUAGGUGCUGUGUUUGAUCCAACAAAGAAAAUGCUUGCAAUUGAAUUUUGUUUCUCUAGAUUUUAUUCUAAUGAGGAAGCUAAGGAGAAUAUAGCAAGAGUGAAGGAGAUCAUCAAUAUUCUUUAUGAGGAGUAUGUUGCUGAAUCAGUGAACAAAAGAAAUUUUAAAAAUUCAGGUUCUUCAAACACUUUUGGAAGCCAAGUCAACCACCGAAGUUCUACAUAUACUUGUGAUGAUUUUAAUGCAUAUUGUGCAGAAGUUGAAGCUUCAGAGCCUAAAAGAUCGGAGCUAUUAGACUAUCUAGAAAAAGGGCGUCUUAAGAAGAAUGAGGUUCCUAGCAACUUUUCUUGUUUAGACUGGUGGAAGAUGAAUAGAAUGCAAUAUCCAAUAUUAUCAAGAAUGGCAGUUGAUAUUUUAGCUAUACCUGUUAGCACUGUGGCUUCAGAAGCAACGUUUAGUGCUGGGACAAGGGUAAUUAAUUCUUAUCAUGCAUCAUUGUUGCCUGAAACAACACAAGCCUUACUUUGUGGGGGUGAUUGGCUUCGACAUAUACAUGGAGUUACCAAAAAUAAAAAAGAAAAAUCAUAUCAAGAAAUUUUUCUUCCGGUAUCCAACGCAUAAAAAUAUUUCUUAUUCUGAACUGCCUAUCUUGGAAGAAAUAUCUUGAAAUGAACAAGGAAUCAAGGACCAUUGUUGUAGUGUUGUUUACUUGUAAUUGAUGUGAAGUUGUGAACUUGUUUUGAAUGAUUUGAACAUUAAAGUUUAGACUUUUGAAAUUUUUUAAAGUUUUUUUUUUAAUAUUUAUGUAUUGGUACAACAAUUUUGAUUAGUAAUGGAAACAUGAAGUUAGACGAAA